AUGUUCGGGUUCUUUGUUCAGGCCAUUGUCACUGGAAAGGGUCCAUUGGAGAACCUGGCUGACCACCUUGCAGAUCCAGUGAACAACAACGCUUGGGCCUAUGCCACCAACUUUGUGCCCGGAAACUUCGAUCCCUUGGGCCUGGCCGAGGACCCUGAGGCCUUUGCCGAGCUGAAGGUGAAGGAGAUCAAGAACGGCCGGCUUGCCAUGUUCUCGAUGUUCGGGUUCUUUGUUCAGGCCAUUGUCACUGGAAAAGGUCCAUUGGAGAACCUGACUGACCACAUUGCAGACCCAGUGAACAACAAUGCUUGGGCCUAUCUUUGUUACCGGAAAGUGACUCUUCUUCCAUUUCUUGGUGUUGUUUUGUGA